AUGUGGAGAUUGCUCUGGACCAUUGGCUUUAUGGCCAGCUUCCUGCAGACGCAGCGUGCAGCAGCGGCCAACGUUUUGAUACACCAGGGCUACUUCGUGGAGAUGAGCCAAAUGAACUGCGUGGGAAAUCCCAUAUACUUUACCAAUAUAAACUGCAAGAUUUUGCCGCCUCUGAACAGGACCAUGGAAAGUUCUGUUGAACUUCUGAAAAAUCUUCCCACUUUAAGCGCUACUCUCAGGGUAUCACUGCCCAAUCCGAAAAAGGUAUACACCCAGAUAUUCGCAAUCACCUUCGAUGUGUGCAAAGUAAUACGAGAACGCAAGCGGAAGAUGCUGAUUGAUUUUUUGGUGAGCACUUUGGCCCGAAACAGUAAUGUGGUCAUGCGAUGUCCCUUUCCAAAGGGUAAUUACUACUCGAAGAACAUAUCGGUAACCGACCUGCCGCCCAUGCUGACCGAGAACGAUUUCAUGGCCCAUUUUGACAUCUUCAUACCCAAGGUCGCCGUCGUGUUGAAUGUAACAGUCCGGGGUCAUCUCUUUGACACUGCCAAGGAGAAUGCCAGGAAAAAAAAAUAUCUAUAAUGCUUUCAA